AUGCGUGUUGCUAUGGAUACGAGGCUCUUGUUUACGACUGAUAACUUUCACUUUUGGGGGUAUUUUUCUUGUCAACCAUGGACUCAAAAAUGCACCUAGAAAUUGUCGGUUCAAUUAAAGACCGUAACUUCCACGUUGCCAAAAGUAUUGCCGAGGGAUUAAAACAGAAGUUUCCUGAGGCAUUUCUGGAUCCAAAAAUCCAACCGUUUCUCGAUUGUGACUGGCACACAUAUCUCUGCAUCAAGAAAAGGGAGCUACGUGGAGAAGUGUGGCAGUACUCCAGCAGCCUGAUGUGCUUUCUGAACGGCCUUCUCCUUGGUAAUGAAAAGGAUCUUGCCAGCUGGGCCAAGAAUCAGUGGAGUUUCACUUUCGCUCGGCCGCAGGCUUUCUAUAUGGCUCUCACUGAGGACUACUACACCAAACACCUCCAGAAAACUGGGCAUCAGUUUGUCUUCAUGGACAUACAGAUAGCAGGAGAGGCAGCAGGGAGGCUACUGUUUGAGCUGUUCUCAGAUGUUUGUCCGAAGACAUCAAAGAACUUCGAGGCCCUGUGCACGGGAGAGCGAGGCCUGUCUCAGAGCGGCCUCCCACUUUGUUACAAGGGCUCCGUGUUUCAUCGUGUGGUGCCCAACGGCUGGGUACAAGGUGGAGAUAUUUCGCCAGAAAGAAAAGGCAAUGGUGGAGAAUCAAUCUAUGGAGCAACGUUUCAAGAUGAGAGCUUUGCCGUGUCACACACUAAACGGGGCACUCUUGGAAUGGCCAAUAAGGGUCCCCACACCAAUGGAUCCCAGUUCUACAUCACCCUGCAGCCAACACCCUGGAUGGACAGGACCUAUGUUGCCUUUGGUCAAGUGGUUGAGGGUGUUGACGUCCUCAGGAGAUUAGAAGAGGCUCCGACUUGCAAUGAAAGACCCAAGUAUGAAUGUAAAGUUACAGACUGUGGAGUGUUUAAGUUUUAACACCUACACAUUAAUUAUUGAUGUCUUAUUAAAUAACUUUGUUUUUGUUUUUCAUGUAGUUAAAUGAAAGAUAAGUGUUAGAUAUUACUUACAUUUGCAUACACACAUCAGCAAAAAACCUUUGAAUUUAUUUGCGAUUGUGUGUUUAUACUGUGUAUGACUCAGAUAAAAUAUGUUUUGUCUUUGU